AUGCUAUUUAUUCGGAGGUUUCACGCCGCAAGCGCCCUUGCUAACUACGCGCAUGUUAACUUAACGCUCUUUUCAAAAGCCAACUGCGGUCUGUGCGACAAAGCUAAAGGUGUGUUAAGCCAAGUACUGGCUGAAAAGCCAUAUGCUGACAUUGGAGUCAAAAUUAUUGACAUUGAUGAACCCCAAAACAAGGAGUGGUGGACGAAGUACUGCCUAGACGUUCCUGUACUGCACAUAGAAAAUACGAAGAAUCCAGGCUCGCUUUCAAAAAUCUUCCACAAGUUGGAUGUUGAUCAGGUCAAACAUCAGGUGCAGGAUUCUCAAUAA